GUUUUUAAAGAAACAAAUGUGAAACUGGUCUGAUUUGUAAACAACUCUGUUUGGUUUCUUCACCUAAACGUUUGUUUCAGUGCAGAAAUUUUAGGAUCGCAAGCAAACAAAUACACUGAGUCAUGGCUUCCUACAGCAGUCUCCUGUCUGAAGAUCAGCUGCUGUGUUCGAUCUGUCUGGAUGUGUUCACUGAUCCAGUCACCACUCCAUGUGGACACAACUUCUGUAACAGCUGCCUUACACAGUACUGGGACAAGAGUCAAAAUUGUCACUGUGCAGUAUGUAAAGAGAAAUUCACCAAGAGACCUGAACUGAAGAUUAAUACAACACUGAGAGAUGUUGCAGAUCACUUCAAGAAGAAAAGUGGUUCUGACAAACCUGAGGUUCUUUGUGAUGCCUGCAGUGGAGAGAAUCUGAAGGCCCUGAAAUCCUGUCUGGAUUGUUGUGCUAGUCUGUGUAAAACUCAUUUAGAGUUUCAUAAUAAUAUGCCCAAACAUAAGAAUCACAAACUAAUAAACCCUGUGGAGAACCUGGAGGACUACAUAUGCCAGAAACAUGAGAGAGCUCUGGAGCUGUUCUGUAGAGAUGAUCAGACGUGUGUGUGUCAGUUCUGUACUGAAGGAGACCACAAGAAUCACAACACUGUUCCUAUAGAGGAGGCAAAUGAUGAAUUGAAGGCUUGCUUGAUGAAAACACAAACAGAAGUACAACAAAUGAUCCAGAAUAGGUUAGAGAAGACUGAAGAGAUUGAGCGUUCGCUGAUGCUCAGCAAAAGAAGUCAGGCUGAGAUGCUGGAGAUGAUGGAGGAGAAGCAGAAAGCAGCAGAUAGGCAGGCUGAAGGACUCAUUAAAGAGCUGAAGCAGGAAAUCAGUGUGCUAAAGAGGAGAGCCACUGAGCUGGAGCAGCUCUCACACACUGAGGAGCAUCUCCACCUCCAACAGGUUUACUCCUCCAUGUGCAGCCCUCCACACACCAAGAACUGGACUGGGAUCAGUAUUAAAACUUAUCUGAGUAGGAAGACUCUGAGAAAAUCUCUGACUGAUCUUCGCAAAGAGCUCAACAAUGAAAUGGAUAAAGAAAAGCAAAAAUUAAAUUUACACAGGAUACUGCUGUUUCUUUGCCUACUGCUACUAGUGCCUUUCCUCAUAUCAGCGACUAAAGCAUUCUGGAUUCGGGUUUAUGCAGUGGAUGUAACACUGGAUCCUGAUACAGCAUAUCCGUAUCUCAUCUUGUCUGAAGACGGAAAACAAGUGAGGAUCGGACAACACUCAUGGAAAAUUGUCCCAUACAGCCAAAAAAGAUUUAUUUACGAUCCACAUGUUUUAGCAAAACAGGGUUUUAACUCUGGGAGAUUUUAUUAUGAGGUGCAGGUCAGGGGGAAAACUGAGUGGGAUUUAGGAGUAGCCAGAAUGUCUAUUAGCAGGCACUGGGAGUUUUUUCCGAAGCACAAUGAUAGGACCUGGGCUAUGAUUAAAAGGAAUGGCAAGGAUUACCAGGCUUGUGCUGGCUCAUGUGUCGGCCUGCCUCGGGAAGAGGAAGUGGAGGUGGUGGGUGUGUUUGUGGAUUAUGAGGAGGGUUUGGUCUCCUUUUAUGAUGCUAAGGCCAGGUCUCUUAUCUACUCUAUAACUGGUCAGUCUUUCACUGAGAAACUCUAUCCAUUCUUCAGUCCAGGUUUAAAUUUCCACUAUGAAAACUCAGCACCAAUGAUCAUCUCUGAAGUAAAUGAGUACUUGAUUUUACUGAGACAAAUUUUCUCCAAUGCAACAAAAUGGCAAUGGCUUCAAAGCACGUGUUUGUUUGGAUUUGUGUUAAUAACUCUUUUUUUCCGCCUGUUCAGAAGCAUGUGGAAGCUGUAGAUAACAAAGGUUAACAGUUUCUCUCUCUCGCUGCAUUGAAAAAUUGAUUGCAGUGCCUGUGCUGGAAUCUGCUAGUACCAGAGAAGUGUAUUUGGGGGAAAAACUCAUUUUUACAAACAGUGUGUUAAAGGAUUUUCUACAGAUAACUAGCAGUAUAGUGCUUUUGGAAAGAAUUUACUUAUUAUUUGGGCCUUUUAUUUUUACAGAAAGCAGCCAAUUAGUUUUGUACCAGUUAGUAAACAGAUAUAUGUGUCUUUGAUAUGCAGCAGGAUCACAAUAAUGUUAGUCCAUUUAUGAAUUCAUAACCAUGAGAGAGAGAGAGUUUAUUAUACAUAUGUGAAAAAGAACAGUUUCUGUCAGUCCUUCAUGUCAAUAGCCAGAUAUUUUCAAAAAUGUGUAGUUUAAUAAAACUACAAACUAAUGUUUUGAAAGAAACAAGAGCUCAGAGCAGGAUAAUCAAACACAGAAUGUUGCAGUUACUUUAUACCAUCAACUCAUGUUUCAGGCCCAAUUAUCCCAAUUAUAAAAUACAUCACAAUCCUCUGUAACUGAUAAUAUAUUCUACCUGCUUAUUCCAUUUACCUGCCAACUACAUAAACUUUAAACUGGACUGACUUGCUGCAUUUUGUGUAUUCAGGCCCAACCCUUGAUAAGAUGUUUUCAUACCUGUAGUGAUGGAUCUCAGGGGCGCCCCCAAGGGGCCACCCCAAGUAUGAAUUUGAAUUUGAAUGCAUAAUGAAAAUAGUUCACAAUAGUUCAUGAAGCGAAAAACAAAUAAAUAAAUAAAAUGAAGCACACACUGCAGCCACCAAAAUGUCAUAUUGUUACAUCAACCAGAAACAAAACUAAAGACGUAUAACACACACUACAGUGAUUUUUUUUUUUUUUUUUUUUUUUUGGUGCCAACUGAAUAUUUGCUGUGGCCUCCUCUGGCCUCCCCUAUUAAAAGUUUCUAGGGGCACCACAGAUAAAUAUGUGUGUGCAUAUAUAUUACUACUAAAAGCUAAAACUCCUUUACUCCAAAGGUCUGUUUCACACCUCAAACUCUGAUGGUGUCCUGUAAGUCUGACUAGUAGCAAAAAAAAAGAGGACACAAGAGCAUUUUCCUCUCUAAUUCCACAAUUGCAGAAGUAUAUAGGAGACUACUGAUAUAAACUGGUAAUGCUUUAAAGGUGUCCUGGUUACAUAAAUUACAUGUUUAAGGUCAUAGAGUAGUCAGCAUUCCUGUAAGACAAAAAAUUGUUGAUUUACUUCUUUUCAUCCUUUUACUUACUUCUUUUCUUUAUUUCCAUUCUUUAUUAAAUUACUAUUUUUGUGAUUUCUAUUUAUUUACUUUUUCGGUAGUUGUAGUUGUAGUUAGUUCUGUUAAUUUGGGGGAAGAAAUCAUUUACUCAAUUUUUAAAUCACAUUUUAAUAUACAUUUGCAGUCAGUAAACAGAUCUUUUGCAUCUGUGCAAAGUUUGGAAAUGAUGUGUACUGUCCUGCUCAUGUCAACUUUAUUUUUUCUGUAAAUUAGUUUGAGUUAUUAGCUUGAAUGUAUUUAAAUCAUAUCAAUAAAAGGCAAUGCAUAAAGAGAUUGUCCAAAAA